AUGCUACAGGAGGAUAGAUCUCCGAUGGCACCUGAAGGAGAUAUUCUUAAGCCUGAGCCUGAGCCGGAGACAAAUGUCUACCCCGACUUGCCGAGACAGCUACUGACCCCGCCACCCCCACCUAUUGUCCUACAGUCAUUAAUUGCUACUUCAUGGAGUUCCUUGGCUACCCCAAGAUCCCCAAGAUGUUCUGAUGUCGAAAAGGAUAAGCUGCUGCAUGGACAGCAACAACUAGAGCUUUUAGAAUCCGAACCUGUGAUAAGUGAAUGA